GGCACACCGGGGAGUGAAGAAGCAAGCAACCAAUUUAUAAACAAGAAGAAAAUUAGAUCCAUAUAGUCUCGUGGUAAUGAAUUUAGGGAAGAUGAAGAAGCAUUGUGGUAACAUGGUCAUGGUGGUUGCUUUCAUGGCUUGUCUGUUACUCGAAACCACCUGUCACGCAACGGAACCACCGUCGACGGCGGAGAACAGCACGAUGAACGUCCAGCUCCAGCAGCAGCGACGCGUAGUUAACCGGCGCCUCCUUGGUUUAACGGACGCCACCACAUUCUCCUCCUACUUAUUCGCUCUCCAAUGGCCGCCCGGCGCUUGUGCUACGGGUAUGUUAUGUCAGGGAAAUAUCCCAGCCGAUUUCACCAUCCAUGGCUUGUGGCCGCAGGACAGCAACAACAAAGGAGUGCCCGCGUACGGGACGGACAAGUCAUGCACCACUUUGACACCCGUACCUCCGAAUAAACUCAUUGUAGAACUGCAGAAGGGGAACUUGGUGGGGGACUUAACCAACGUAUGGCCAACCCUAAAGAACACUAACUCUGCUCAGGAAAACCAGAAGUUUUGGGAAUAUGAAUGGGGAAAGCACGGAAUGUGCUCUGAUUACGGUGACAAGCCUGCUGUUUACUUCAAAGCUGCCAUUGAUCUCAGGAAUCAUUUUGUUUCAGUUUUGAAACUUCAAUCCGGACAGAGUUACAAGGUACAAGAGAUUGCGGAUAAAGUAAAAGCGGCAGUAAAAGGAACACCCGAGAUCGCAUGCCGCACAAAGAAGGGCACCAACCAAAAAAUCCUGGGAGAGGUUCGCUUAUGUUAUAAUAAGGGAAAUCCCACGCCCAAAGGGAUCCGAGACUGCACACGGGCUUACUCGGGCAACUGUAACAGUGUGCAAGAUGUCAUCGCUGUCCUUUAAUCCAAUCAUCUCUGUAUUAGAUGAUGGGGAUCUUUAAAUAAUGUGACGUGGGUCGUAUUUAUCGCUGUCUAGGGAGGCUUCGUAUGGCGGGUGCCUCUUGUUUGUAAUAAUUAACUUUCUUAAAUAACGAAUAAUGUAUUAAUAUCCA